GUGGAAUACAAGAUAGGCGGGAGGCAGUGUUACAUUUGAAAUUAAAAUUAAAUAUCCACAACAAACAUAUCGCAAUUGCACGGUCCAUUCUCAAAACAGAUCUGCAGUGAGAUACACGGUUGAUUUUAAUUGAAUUUGUUAAUUCGUGUUUGUGAGUGUGAAAACGAUGUUUGCAAAUAUUUUAGGUUGUCAGGCUUUGCUGCUGCUAUUUGUAUUAUUGAUAUCCUGCUUUUUCCUUACAAAUGGAAGAUAUAGAUAUUUAUAUAUUCUAUAUAAAACAUGGCGCCGAGAUUUAAGAGGCCUGUCUAAAGUAUUUCCUGCCAUGUAUAGAAUAGCCAAAUGUGAAAAAAAUCAGGAGACGAUACCCAAGCUAUUCACAAAGAUAGCUAAAAGUAGACCGCAUAAAGUUGCCUUCUAUUUUGAAGACGAAACUUGGACAUUCGGACAAAUUCAAUUUUGCUGUAACUGGAAUCAAUUACUUCCUUUCAUUAGGCGAAAACGACAAUUUCUAUAAUCCUCUACCCCUAUAUCACGCCACUGGAGGAAUGUUAACUGUUGGACAAACUUUAAUUUUCGGAGUAACCAUGACACUUAGGCGCAAGUUUUCUGCUUCUCACUUUUGGACGGACUGCAAUAAAUAUAAUUGUACUGUUGCAAACUACAUAGGUGAAACGUGCAGAUAUAUAUUAGCAGCACAUAAAGGAAAACCAACCAUAGCACAUGGAGUAAAAAAAAUGUUUGGUAAUGGACUCAAAAAAGAUGUUUGGAAAGACUUCGUAGAAACUUUCAACAUACCUGAACUUUUUGAAUUUUAUGGAUCGACAGAAGGAAACACCAAUUUAAUUAACUUGGAUAACACCAUUGGCUCAGUUGGUUUUCUGCCAUUCUAUUUGGGACCAAUAUUUUCAAUUUGCCUAAUUAAAUGUGACGAUGAAACCAAAGAACCACUUAGAGAUGCAAACGGACUAUGUAUUAGAUGUAAAGACAACGAGCCAGGUAUACUCAUAGGAAAAAUAUACAAGAAAAUUAGUACACACAAUUUUGAUGGUUAUGUGGACCAAAAAGAGACGAACAAGAAGAUUUUACAAGAUGUUUUUCAGAAGGGAGAUUCCUAUUUUAAUUCUGGGGAUAUGAUGGUACAAGAUGAGUUUGGAUAUCUCUAUUUUAGAGACAGAACCGGAGAUACGUACAGAUGGAAAGGAGAAAACGUUGCAACGACGGAAGUCGAGUUGGUAGUAAGUGACGUAAUUGGACCGAAGGACAUCGUAGUUUACGGAGUAGAGAUUGCAGUAGCGUCGUUUGUGUUAGCGUUAAUAUGGAUAUUUGCCAGAGGAAGAAGAUACCGGUUGUUUUAUAUUAUAUAUAAGACAUGGAGGCGGGAAGUACUGGGCAUGUGGCGUGGUGCAAAAACGAUUCUGACAGUGCUAAUAAGAGAGAACAGAAAAAUAACAAUACCGAAACUUUUUCAAAAAACGGUGCGGAGGAAAGGAAAUAAAAUUGCUUUUUAUUUUGAGAAUGAGCAAUGGACAUUUAACAAGGUCGAUGAAUACAGUAAUAAAGUUGCAAAUUAUUUUCUAUGCCUGGGCUACAAAAAAGGUGACAGCGUAGCUCUGUUAUUGGAAAACAGACCUGAGUACGCUGCUAUAUGGCUAGGAUUGGCAAAAAUAGGAGUGAUUACUGCUUUAAUCAACAUCAACUUGGUAUCGAAGUCUUUGCUGCACUGUAUUAGUAUUGUGAAUGCCAAGUCAAUUAUUUUUGGAUCUGAUUUUGUCAAUGCUAUAACCGACAUAGAGUCAGAGUUAGGCGCUACCAUGCUAUUACAAUUAAAUACUUCUCCUGUGGAGAUCAUGAGAAAUGCCCUUGAUUUUCAGAAGUGUAUUUCGGAAUGCCCAACAACAGUAGCCUUGCGAUCUGGUGACAUGAGUGAUACAAUUUUGUACAUUUUCACUUCUGGAACGACUGGUUUACCCAAAGCUGCCAAGAUCACCAACUCCAAGUACAGUUUUUCUGCGGCUGGUAUAUACAACAUGGUUGGAAUAACGGAAGAUGACAUAUAUUACAGCCCACUACCAUUGUAUCAUGCUACUGCUGGAAUGAUGUCGUUGGGAUUGUGUAUUUUAUAUGGUGUUCCACUGGCCCUUAGGAAAAAGUUCUCAGCAUCUGCGUUUUGGAACGAUUGUAUCAAAUACAAUUGUACAGUUACGAACUACAUAGGGGAAACCUGCAGAUAUAUUCUAGCUGCCCACAGAGGGCAGACAAAUAUUCAGCACAAAGUUAGGAAAAUGUGGGGAAAUGGUUUAAAAAGAAACGUUUGGAAAGAAUUUGUUGAGACUUUUCAUAUUUCUAAUAUUUAUGAAGGAUACGGAUCAACUGAGGGUAAUGUUAAUAUAAUAAACGUAGAUGGAACAUUAGGUGCUGUUGGCUUCAUUCCUUUAAUCAUAUCCAAAUUCUCGCCUCUGAGAAUCGUCAAGUACAAUGAAGAACAUAACGAACCAAUAAGGGAUGAAAAUGGAUUUUGUAUUGAGUGUAAAGAUGGAGAACCGGGACUAAUGGUAGGAAGAAUACAUAAAGCUUUAGCCCUGAGUAAAUUCGAAGGAUAUGUAGACCAAAAAGAAACCACUAAGAAACUUUUCAGAAACGUUUUCAAAAAAGGGGAUAUGUAUUUUAAUACUGGAGACCUUAUGGUUAAAGAUGAAUUUAACUAUCUGUAUUUUUCGGAUAGGAUUGGAGAUACGUUCAGAUGGAAAGGAGAAAACGUAGCUACUGCUGAAGUUGAGUAUAUAGCAUCAGAAAUCUUAGGACCAGUCGAUCUUGUCGUAUAUGGAGUUGAGGUUCCGAAUACAGAAGGCAAAGCGGGUAUGCUAGCCGCAGUCGGCAAAGAAAAUCUAAUGGAUACAAAAAAGUUGGCUACAGGAUUUAAAUCGCACUUGCCAACUUACGCCAUUCCCCUAUUUGUAAGACUUUUGGAAAAGAUGCCUCUGACUUCAACUUUCAAAGUGCAAAAGACAGUACUACAAAAACAGGGAUUUGAUAUUAAUUCUAUUAAAGAUCCAUUAUUUAUUUUUGACAGUAAAACCGUAGAUUAUGUGCCAUUGGUGAAUGUUUAUGAUGAUGUUAUUAGUGGUAACAGAAAACUGUGAUUUAGAUUAGUGAUUGUAAUAAAUGUUGUUAUGUUUUUAUUUUAACUAAACCCUCUAUUCUACUUGUUUCAAUGUAUAAGAUGACUGUGUAGUUAUAUCAGUGAAUAAAAAUACAAAAAUAUCAGAA